GAGGUGCCGCCGCGGCUGCUGGUGGCGGGCCCGCCGCGCAUGGGGGGUCUCCCGUUCCUGAACGGGCUGCAGGUCGAGCCGCCGAGCCCCGCCCCCGCCGCGGGCGGCGGCGGCGCGGGGCCCGCGCCGGCGGCCGCCGAGGAGGCUGCGACGGUGCCAGUGGCACAGGCGGCCCUGGGGCAGGGGGCGACGCUGGGCGACGCAACGCCAGAGGACCUCUCGACGCCGCCGGCGCCGACGCCGGAGUUCCGCCGAGCCGCGCGCAGCCGGCGCCGGAGGGAAGCCUCUCCGGCCAGCGCCGGCUGAAGGCCGCCGCGGCCGGCGGCUGCCGCCCGUCCGGCACUUGUACUCCGCGGCGCCUGCACUCCGCGGCCGACCGGCGCGCCGACGUGAAGGUAGGCGUGCGAUAAGCGCGCCGCUGUCCGCUCGCGGGGCGGCUUCCCACUUGUGAGCGCCGUGGGCCCCGCGUGAGCGCGCCCGCGCCCGCAGAGGCCUGGCGGAGGAGGGGGA